AUGCCCGCAGAAAUCAUUGAUAGACCAAAUCCUCAAGCAUUGGCUUCCAAUAUACCAGGUUCGGUAACGGUAGAUGAGUUAUCAGUCAAGUUGGAGAAGUUACAAAUCCCCGAUAAUGAUCUGAGAAGUCUUGAGGAAUUUCGCAGAGCGAGCAAUUAUAUCUCUGCUGCUAUGAUUUUCCUUUCAGAUAAUGCUUAUUUGGAAAGAGAUCUUACUUUUGAUGAUAUCAAACCAAGACUUUUGGGUCAUUGGGGAACAUGUCCUGGUCUUACCUUAGUCUACGCUCAUCUCAAUUACCUUACCAAAAAGAAUGAUCUUGAUAUGAUCUAUGUUGUUGGUCCGGGUCAUGGAGCUCCAGCUAUUCUUUCUUCCCUCUGGCUCGAAGGUACUCUGGCAAAAUUCUAUCCUAAAUACUCCAAUAAUAAGCAAGGCCUUCAUAACCUGAUCACCGGUUUCAGUACCCCAACUGGCUUUCCUUCUCACAUCAGUGCCGAAGUUCCAGGUUCCAUCCAUGAAGGUGGAGAGCUUGGAUAUGCUCUUUCGGUAGCAUUUGGUGCUGUGAUGGAUAAUCCUGAUUUGGUUGUUGCAUGUGUAGUUGGUGAUGGAGAAGCUGAGUCUGGUCCAACAGCUACUGCAUGGCAUGCGGCUAAAUAUAUUGAUCCUGCUGAAUCUGGUGCGGUUAUUCCGAUUGUUCAUGUCAAUGGAUUUAAGAUUUCUGAGAGAACUAUUUAUGGUUGUAUGGAUGAUAACGAGAUGGCAACUUUGUUUACUGGUUACGGUUAUCAAUGUCGAUUCGUGGAGGAUUUGGAAGAUAUUGAUCGUGAUAUGGCAACAAGCAUGCAAUGGGCUCUCGAUGAGAUUCGUAAAAUUCAAAAAGCUGCUAGAUCUGGCAAGCCCAUAAUGAAACCAAGAUGGCCAGUCAUCAUCAUGCGUACCCCUAAAGGAUGGAGUGGACCAAAGAUUGUUGAUGGGGAAUUUGUCGAAGGAUCAUUCCACUCCCAUCAAGUCCCUCUCAUGACCGUAAAGUCCAAUAAAGAUCAACUAGCCGACCUUCAAAAGUGGCUUCUCUCAUACGGACCCGCCAAAUUAUUCACAGAGUCCGGCGAUGUAAUCGACUCUAUCAAGAACAUCAUACCACCCGAACACAAAAAGCUUGGACAGAGACCAGAGACAUAUAAGAAUCAUGAAGUAUUGAAAGUACCAGAUUGGAAGAAUUAUGGUGUUGAAAAAGGAACGGAAGUUUCUUGUAUGAAAGCUAUUGGUGAUCUCAUUGAUCAAACUUUGGUUGAUAAUCCCAAAUCCCUUCGUCUAUUCUCUCCAGAUGAGCUUGUCAGCAAUAAACUCGAUGCAGUAUUCAAACACACUGGACGUGAUUUUCAGUGGGAUGAAUUCUCACAUGCUCAAGGUGGAAGAGUCAUUGAGAUUCUCAGUGAACAUACAUGUCAAGGUUUUCUUCAAGGUUAUACCCUAACUGGUCGAACUGGAAUUUUCCCCUCCUACGAGUCCUUCCUUGGUAUCAUUCACACCAUGAUGAUUCAAUACAGUAAAUUCAACAAAAUGGCUCGCGAAACCCGUUUCAGAGCUAAUCUCUCAUCUCUUAAUUACAUCGAAACAAGCACCUGGACCCGCCAAGAACAUAACGGGUUUUCCCACCAAAAUCCUUCAUUCAUCGGUGCAGUUUUGAACUUGAAAGCCACAGCUGCUAGAGUUUAUUUACCACCUGAUGCGAAUACCUUUCUCUCAACAAUCUCUCACUGCCUCAAAUCCACCAAUUACAUAAACCUAAUGGUUGGAUCCAAACAACCUCAACCCGUUUUCUUGAGUCCCGAAGAAGCAGAUAAACACUGUCAAGCCGGUGCUUCGAUUUGGAAAUUCUGCAGCACAGAUGAUGGUCUUGAUCCCGAUGUCGUUCUCGUCGGUAUCGGUUCCGAACUCAUGUAUGAAGUGGUGGCAGCCGCUGCCUUACUCCGCAAGAAAUGUCCCGAAUUAAGAAUCCGAGUCGUCAACGUGACGGAUUUGAUGAUUCUCGAAACCGAGACGUUACAUCCGCAUAGUUUGACGAGAGACGAAUUCGAUAGUUUGUUUACAGAGGAUAAACCCGUUCAUUUUGAUUAUCAUGGCUAUAGUAAUGAAAUCAAGGGAUUACUCUUCGGAAGACCUAAUUUGGAACGAAUGAGUAUUGCUUGUUAUAAGGAAGAGGGAUCCACGACGACACCGUUUGAUAUGAUGUUGAGGAACGAGGUUAGUAGGUAUCAUGUUAUGGAAGCGGCGAUAAAAGGCGGUGCAAAGGGUAAUAAAAGAGUGGCGUUAGAGAUGACGGGUUGGUUGGGGGAAAUUAGAAGUUCGAGGAGUAGAGUUGCGGAGUAUAUUUUGAAGAAGGGAACGGAUCCGGAGGGGACGUUUGAUACGCCGAGGUUUGAGGGGACGGCUUUUGGGAAGGAUGUAGAGAAGGGGAAGGGGAAGGGGAAGGAUGCGGGUGCGGAGGAGGGAUUUUUUGUUAAUUGA